UGCACUAGCACUACUAGCGUUGUUAACUAUAUAGGCGUGUACGCUUUAAAGGGCGAGACACAGACGCAGACUUUUAAGAAUAUAGUAGGGCAGAUAUUACUGUAUAUUAAACCUAGCAACCUAAUGCUCUUCUUUGUAGUAAGGCUUUUUAAUAAGAGUAUUAGCUCUUAUAAUUACAGUGCACAGAAGGUUCUGCAUACUCUAUUUAGUAUUGCGUUAGUACACUGUAGCUGCACAGUUAUUAAUGUUAAUUAUUAUUCUUUUAAAUUACAGCUAGUCUUCUUCUUUUUCUAG